AUGCUCAGCGCAACUCCUUCCAAUAAUCAUUCCAUUUUUUCUUUUAGUCGCGAUGGAGAUUCAGGUCAAUUAAACGACUCGACUGCCUCUUUCGAUUUCUUGCCCUCUGUCAGCUUCGACGAUUUACAGAGUAGCAUCGAAUCCGCUUCAACAGAUUUCAAACUGACCCAAUUCCCGUCUCCCAACGGGGAAGGGGGCAUCCUCGACACGCACGGGGUCGAUAACGCCAGUAUGUCUUCUAGAUCUCAAGUAGGUCCAUCAUUGAAUGGUGCUGCCACUCGAACUGCCGUCCAAACCAACACUCGACCCGCUCGAUCAGGCUCGCUACUGCGACGACCUAGUAAUUCCAACAGACCGCCUGCCAAUGCCUCUGGUGCUUCUGGUCCGACUGAUCAUAUCCACGGGCCGGGCGCAGCACGCUCUCGUCGACAAAGUCAAUACCCGCCUGUCUCCAAUACCGUCGUGCCCAAACCUCCUCGAAAGUCGAUCGGCCCAGGAAUUGUUGGCGAUGGGGAUUAUGGAAGCCGACCUCCCCAGAAGCGACGCCCCAGUCUCUUCUCCGAAGGGACGCCUACGGGCUCGACGAGAGCUUCCAUGGACGCCAAUUCAUCGUGGCUCGAUAAUACAAGGAAUUUCCCCAACUCAAGGGCUGCGAAAUCCAAAUCAGUACAACCGCCACCACGACCAAAUCAAACCAACCUUGGUCUUGGUAACACCCUCACCCCAGAGCAGAACCGACACUCUACCCUGGCCCCGCGAUCACCUCGGGUCGGAGGCCGAUUGAGCACGCCGUCCUCCGCCAACAAGAGGGUUUCGAUGAUGCCCGGCGCCCACCAUUCAUCACAUGCGACUGGCCUCGGCGCGAGGACAAUUAGUCCCACUGAUACAAGGAGGAUGAAACGACUCUCGACCAUGCCGCAGUCAUUGAGUCUUGGUCAGGUUUCUACCCCUCCGCCUCCACCACCAGUGUCGAUGAACAAUCAGCCUGAGAGAGCUGAAUCGAAAUCACCUUCCAUGAUUCCGAGACGAACUUCUGGUACCCCAUCAUCCUCGAGAACUACGCCAGACCUCCACCGUAAAUCCUUCAACUCAAAUCUUUCAGUUAACUCGGGCUUCAGCCUGAACUCGGCCAGAACAUCGACUGGAUCGCUACACCGUAUAUCUGGUUCGUCAUCAACGUCGCGCUUGCCUGCACCAAAACAUACCACAGUCCACAAUCCUAUUCCGACUGACGAUGACGAAUAUGUUCCGCCUGUCCCUGCUAUACCGAAAGCCUACGAGUCGCCGAAAGACUCGCCAGCAGACAAUUAUUUCAUGGAGAAGAAAAAGACCGCGCUUAGUAACAUGGAUGCCAUGGGCAUGAACUCAAACUCUACUGGAGUCAUUUCUAUGCCUGUCUUUCCUGAACCCACAAAGCUUCAGAGAAAGCCCAGCGCGCGAAAGAGCUAUGUACCGAGUGUAGCGGCUGAGCCUGAUAGCAAGGCCACUCCUCCAAAUAAGCGACAUCUGCAACCUCUAAGACUGCCACCAAUUAACCUGGGACCUUUGAGCACCCCAACUGCUAACAAGAUUGCAGCAUUGCAGGACCACAGCAGUGUAGAACGGCACGAAACUCCACCGCCAGCCCGGCAAUUGCCAAAGACACCCACAACCCCUAUGACAGCUUCCAAAAGCUCCUUCUUCGCUAAGAGUCGCCAUGGCGAUACUCCUGAGCUCCCCUCUCUUAGGAGCAGCAGUUCAGUUCAUCACACACAUCUUACGCCCACACCCCCUGACGCUAGUUCGACCGAAUCAUCGCUAGCUUUCAAGGAACUUGAUCACAAGCAAAGCAUGUCACCUUUCUUGUCAUCCUCGUUACCCAAGGGGGGCGGAGACCAUGGUUUCUUGAAGAGGUCUAAGACGGGAGCCGACUUUAUGACUUUGGAUGAAAACAUGUUCCAAGAUCAAAUCCACCAGAAGCCAACGGGUCCUCGUGUGCCCAAAGAAGCAGAACCAACUCCCAAAUCUCCUCAACCGGAACCUUCGCUGGAUGAGCCACAAACACCCUCCUCGAUGAGCUCUAUUCGACGAAAACUCAGUCUCUCAUGGAAGCGUGGGAACUCCAAGAGCAACAUUACUGCCCCCACAGAUGUGGUUGAGAAAGGCAGCGCGAAGCAACCAGAGGAACCUAUGCCUCCUCCCAGGAUCCCCAUCUCCUCCACUUUAAAUAACCUGUCAACUCUCAAGCAAGCCAGUCCUUCCCCAACCGUGAAGCAACCUCCUGGAGGGUAUCUUGAGUCACGGAGGCGAAAGAGCUCUGGUGGAAGCCUCAAUGGGUUUAUAUCUCACGACAAGACAAAAAGCGAAUCUUGGACUGUGAAGAAAACAGUGCCAGACCCUUCAACAAUGCCCGUUGGUCGAAAUACCUCAGUCAUGCAGAAAAUCCUUCGCCCCAGGAAUUCUUCUGGCAUGUCGAAGGGCCCUGACUCAUACUCUGCAGACCUCGACAAGGACGAUGUGGCAGCAGAAGAAGAGAUGGCUAAGUUGGGUUCCAGGCGCAAAGAGACGGACGUUGCUGCUAGAACCCUCGACGCACUUAGAAAGCGAGCCACCCCCAAAGAGCGAGUUGGCGCCCACGAAGCCAUUCGCAUUGCCAUGCUCAAUAUUUAUGAGAGGGGUGAAAUUGUGGACUAUACCGAUGUGUACUUUUGCGGGACACAGAACGCCCACAAGGUUGUCGGUGAUCUCCAGUCUGACGCACCAAACUUUGGAUAUGAUGACGAGCGUGGCGAUUAUACCAUUGUGCCUGGAGACCACCUUGCAUAUCGAUAUGAGAUCAUUGAUGUUCUAGGAAAGGGAAGCUUUGGACAAGUCGUCCGAUGCAUUGAUCACAAGACUGGCGGCCUGGUAGCUAUCAAGAUCAUAAGGAACAAGAAGAGAUUCCAUCAACAAGCCCUUGUGGAGGUCAAUAUUCUGCAAAAGCUUCGUGAAUGGGAUCCGAAGAAUAGGCACAAAUUACUGGAUAUGAAUCUCUAUGAGCUCAUCAAAGCCCACGCUUUCAGAGGAUUCUCCAUCAAAAUCAUUCGGCGCUUCACCAAGCAGAUUCUCAGCUCACUCAAUCUGCUCAAGCAGCACAAAGUUAUUCAUUGUGAUCUCAAACCUGAAAAUAUUCUCUUGCGACAUCCUCUCCAUGCGGAAAUCAAGGUCAUUGACUUUGGCUCCAGCUGUUUUGAGAAUGAGAAGGUGUAUACGUAUAUUCAGUCUCGCUUCUACCGUUCACCAGAGGUCAUCCUUGGCAUGACCUAUGGUAUGCCGAUUGACAUGUGGAGCGUUGGCUGUAUCUUGGCAGAACUAUAUACUGGAGUCCCCAUUUUUCCUGGUGAAAACGAACAAGAGCAACUUGCUUGUAUCAUGGAGGUCUUUGGGCCUCCUGAGAAGCACUUGAUUGAGAAGAGCACUCGAAAGAAACUUUUCUUCGAUUCAAUGGGCAAACCCCGUCUUACAGUAUCGUCUAAAGGUCGCAGACGUCGCCCUUCUUCCAAAACUCUAGGCCAGGUGCUCAAAUGCGAUGACGAGGUCUUCAUAGACUUUCUGCAUAGGUGCUUACGCUGGGACCCCGAACGACGCAUGAAACCUGAGGACGCGAUUCGGCACGAGUUCAUUACUGGGCGUAAGAUGCCCGUCCCUCGUAUGCCGCCAACUCGCGAAUCAUCACCCAUGAAGCGGCAUAACACAAUCUCGACGCCGCGGCCUCUGCCAGAGCCUCCAGGUGCUGGUGCCAAACCCCCAACGUCUAUGCGAACGGGAGCCAGCCCUCACAAACUAGUCUCUGGUGGUGUGCGAAAAACUUCUGGGACCACGGGGCCUAUCGGCUCAAUGCCAACCAAACGAACGAGCGCCGGUACGGCUGGGCUCGCACAAGGAGCAAGUGGCUUGCCUCGAGCUGCUGGUAGGAGUGUGAGUGCGAAGCAGGACCUGGCCGCUGCGGGUGCAACAGCCGCAAUGACUCGACGAACAUAG